AUUUUCGCUUCUGCAAAAAUUUCUUCCCGGGCAAGCUCAUCCAAUCUGUUUAUGGAUUUAAAUACUUCCAUAGCAUACCAUUACCAUAUCACCUCAUCUAGAUAAAUUAUUGGAGAAAACCAGAAGAAACACAAAUGGCAUAUUUGUUCUUGAAGCAAGCAAAGCAAUAUGCAGAGGGCAGGCCAAGUUACCCACCGGAGCUUUUCGACUUCAUUGCCUCAAAGACACCCAUUCACGACCUUGCUUGGGAUGCCGGCACUGGCAACGGCCAGGCUGCUCGCUCUCUAGCUUUGAUCUACAAGAAGGUGAUAGCCACAGACACAAGCCAAAAACAGCUCGAAUUUGCACCAAAAUUCCCCAACGUGAGGUAUCAAGAAACCCCACCAACCAUGACCUUCUCUGAACUAUCCCAAAUCGUGGCACCAGAAUCAACUGUUGAUCUUGUCACCAUUGCUCAAGCCAUACAUUGGUUUGAUCUCCCAACAUUUUACCAACAAGUGAAAUGGGUGCUUAAAAAACCCAAUGGAGUCGUUGCUGCUUGGUGCUACACAGCUCCCGAGGUCAACGAUCAUGUCGACGAAGUUUUCCUACCAUUCUAUGACGUUGAUGCUGAUCCUUAUUGGGAUCCUCAACGUAAAGUGGUCGAUGGUAAGUAUAGGACGAUCGAUUUUCCAUUCGAGGCGGUGGAUGGUUUAGACAGCACAGGGCCUUUUGAGUUUGUGAAUGAGAGAGUGAUGGAGUUGGAGGACUAUUUUACAUACAUAAGGUCUUGGUCAGCAUAUGAGAAGGCUAAAGAGAAGGGAGUGGAGCUUUUGAGUGAAGAUCUGAUUGAAAAUUUCAAGGUUGCUUGGAGCAAAGAUGGGUGUGACAAAAAAGUUGUCAAGUUUCCAAUUCAUCUGAGGAUUGGAAGAGUGGGGAACUAAUUUAAGUCAAUCUGUCAAUGCAAAAGCUAAUAAGAUGUAAUGUAAUUAAGAUGUAAUGUAAUGACUAGUAAUUGCUGUUUACAAGUCAUUUUUGUUUGGGGAACUUUGUUUUCUCCUUCCAUCCCUGGUGUUAUAAUAAAAUUUCCCAAAUGAAACGAAUGUAAUGACCAUAUAGAAAGUUUGUCAAUCAAGAUUUAAGGAUAAUGGAUGUCCCCAAAAUCCAAAUCA